AUGUGGUACCGCCCGAAGCAAGGCAGGUUCCACGGAGAGCUCAACCUUGAAGACGUGAAGAAGGAAUUCAAAACCAGACACCAUGCAAAAUUUGUGUACGACGAUGUCUCAAACCAAUGGGACAUCUGCUCCCUAUUCGACAAGGACCGAGAUCCACAUCAGGACAGCACACAAUUUGAGCGACAGUUGCAGGAAAUUCCUGCAAUGCCAGCUCCCCUGCUCACACCUCCCACCCUCCCAGAGGUGGGAAGAUCUGUCAUGCACCAAAACGCAAUUGGGCAGGAUGUGCUGUUUUCGACAUCACUGGAAGAUGUUUUAAACAACCACUGUGGACUGCUCAGCAUGGAGGACGAAAUAUGGUCUGCAAGCGACUUCAUUCAGGUCGAGGAAUCUCAACUCGUUGACAUGCACACUGUGCUCAAGUUCGAAGUUCAACAGGUCAAAGACAAGAGCCUACCUGGCUACUUGUUCCUCCCUGUCAUCAAGAAAUACACUUGCACUCGGAACUUGUUCCUCGCACAUGCAACUUCCAUGGUUCAGUGCAUCAGGGAACAGUGGGGACUGUCCUUGGAGGAUGUCAUCCUUUGCCUGUUUGAGCAAGAUAUGUUUGCCAAUUCCUCGCAUACCCUUAUAUACAACACUCUAAGCGAGCACCAGAUCGACAUAUUAUGUGGGAUAUAUCAUGUUGAUACAAAUAGAGGUGCCCAGACUACUACGGUGGUGUGGUGGCCCAAUCCUCAGCUGUGGGAAACAUCUGAGCUGCACUGCUUGCCACCCCGAAGUGGAGGUCCAAUCUCAAGUAUUACAAACACCAGAGUAAGAAAAUUUGCCGCCAUAUGGACAAAGAAUGUCGACUGUUGGAGUGAACCCUACACUUAUAUUACCUGGUCAUAUAUUGAACUGACUAUCAUGACUUGGCGGGCUGCCAUACCAUUCCCUAACACAUCCCUCUCUUUCUCCCUAAGCACAGACAACUCAGACACAUUCAGGAUGGCUACUGCGCGUAUGAUGUCUAUGCACAUUAUUGACAGGGAGGGGGUCUGGAUGGUGAAGUCUAGUAACACUGUGAUUGUGUCGCCAUAUUGUCCACGAGAGCGCAACUCUGUUACAUUAGAGAUGCCCUCCAUGCCAAAGAAAUGUUGUGCAACUAGCAGCCUGCCUGUUCUCAGACGCAAAAAUGUCACAAGUGUGAUGAGCAAGAGGAUGUACAUUCGUCUACGUAUGUCACCGAUGAUGCUCGUGACAAUGUGUAUUCCUUCAUGCACAGGAGAGGAUGAGUGCAGGCUCCCAAUAAAGCACUUACAAGAGCAACUCCUGCACAUGUACAAAGAUAUUGAGCGUCUGGAGGCAGAUGCAAAGUGCAAGGAUUCUUAUAUUCAGGACUGUGAGGAAUUAGUGGAUCAGGGCACUUUGUACAAAAAUACAAUGACAACUUCACUAUUUGCCAGUCUGGGAUGCAGCAAGAGGUGUUGCUUGGAUCGUCGCCCUGUCGAUCGCACUCUGCAACAUUCCACUUUGGCUCCACAAUAUAUUAACCCUCUGGAGGAGCCCAACAAGUCCAUUGAAAUUGGCAACUACAUUAUGGUCAACAUUGGAGACUUGAUAGAGUCUGAACAUGACCACCAACUCGUCAAAGUUCCCAUUCAAUUUGUCAUGAAGACGCGCAAUGCCGACCUUAAUUCAUCAACAAUCUCGCCACUGAUGAUUGUGUUGUUGUUGUGCAUGGUCAACCUUACAUGA